AUGAACACUAAGAAUGUGCUCACAGCUGAUUCAGGGUCCCUCACCGUCUUCUCGGGAGGCUGCGCUUCCUGCAGGGGAGCAGUGGGGGCGCCAGGACGAGGCAGGUGUGAGAACAGCGUUGUGUUCCUACCUCCUGUGUCUGUUUUCACAGCCGUGGGCCUCGCCGCCUGCCAGGAGCCAGCCCUGCCCAGCAACGGGCUCAAGACGGGCGACCGGUACAUGGUGAACGACGUGCUGGCCUUCCAGUGCGAGCCGGGGUACACGCUGCAGGGCCGCUCGCACAUCUCCUGCAUGCCCGGCCCGGUGCGCCGCUGGAACUACCCGCCACCGCUCUGCCUCGCGACGUGCGGGGGGACGCUGAGCAGCCUGGCCGGCGUGAUCCUGAGCCCCGGCUUCCCCGGCGCCUACCCCAGCAACCUGCACUGCAGCUGGCGCAUCGCCCUGCCCGUGGGCCACGGUGCGCACAUCCGGUUCCUGAACUUCUCCACGGAGGCCAACCACGACUUCCUGGAGAUCCAGAACGGGCCGCACCCCACCAGCCCGCUGCUCGGCCAGUUCAGCGGCCCCGACCUGCCGGCCGCGCUGCUCAGCACCACGCACGAGACCCUCGUCCGCUUCUCCAGCGACCACUCCCAGAGCCGGCAGGGCUUCCGGCUGGCCUACCGAGCCUAUGAGCUGCAGAACUGCCCGGACCCGCCCCCCUUCCCCAACGGGUACCUGGUCGGCUCCGACUACAGCGUGGGCCAGUCCAUCUCUUUCCAGUGUUACCCCGGGUACAUCCUCAUCGGCCACCCCGUCCUCACCUGCCAGCACGGGACCGACAGAAGCUGGAGCCACCCCUUCCCCAGGUGUGACGCUCCCUGUGGCUACAACAUCUCGGCUCCCAACGGCACCAUCUACUCACCCGGCUUCCCCGACGAGUACCCGGUGCUGCAGGACUGCCUGUGGCUGCUCACCGCGCCGCCCGGCCACGGCAUCUACAUCAACUUCACGCUGCUGCAGACCGAGGCCGUCAACGACUACAUCGCAGUGUGGGACGGCCCUGACCAGAGCGCGGCCCAGCUCGGCGUCUUCAGCGGGAACACGGCCCUGGAGACGGCGCGCAGCUCCACCCGCCACGUGCUGCUCGGCUUCCACAGUGACUUCUCCAACGGCGGCUUCUUCGUCCUCAACUUCCACGCCUUUCAGCUCAAGAAGUGCCCGCCGCCCCCGGCCGUCCCGCAGGCGGAGCUGCUGCGUGAGGACGAGGACUUCGAGAUCGGGGACUCCGUGCGGUACCUCUGCCACCCCGGCUACACGCUGUCGGGCUCGGACACGCUCACCUGCAAGCUCGGCGCCCAGCUGCAGUUCCAGGGUUCGCUCCCCACGUGCGAAGCCCAAUGCCCGGCCAAUGAGGUCCGCACGGAGUCCUCGGGGGUCAUCCUGAGCCCGGGUUACCCCGGCAACUACUUCAACUCGCAGACCUGCUCCUGGACCAUCCGCGUGGAGCCCCGCUACAACAUCACCCUCUUCGUGGACAGCUUCCAGAGCGAGAAGCAGUUCGAUGCCCUGGAGGUGUUUGACGGCUCUUCCGGGCAGAGCCCGCUGCUUGUGGUGCUGAGCGGGAACCACACAGAGCAGGCGCGUUUCACCAGCAGGGGCAACCAGCUGUUCCUGCGCUGGUCCACGGACCACGCCACCAGCAAGAAGGGCUUCAAGAUCCGCUACUCAGCCCCUUACUGCAGCCUGACCCACACGCCCAGGAACGGCGGCGUCUUGAACAGGACGACGGGGGCGCUGGGCAGCACCGUGCACUACUCCUGCCAGCCCGGGCACCGCCUGGUGGGCCGCGGCAACGCCACGUGCACCCGGAACCCCGUGGGCAUGUUCCAGUGGGACGCCCUCCCGCCGCUGUGCCAGGCCGUGUCCUGCGGCGUCCCCGAGGCCCCGGGGAACGGCUCCUUCGCGGGGACCGAGUUCACCUUGGGCAGUACAGUCACGUACACGUGUGACGAGGGCUUCACGCUCGAAGGCAGCCAGCGAGCCACGGCCGUGUGCCGGGAAGACGGGUCCUGGAGCCACGGAGGGACGCCGCCCGCCUGCAAGCCGGUCACCUGCCCGGGCAUCGAGGCGCAGCUGGCGGAGCACGUCACCUGGAGGCUGGUGUCGGGGGCCCCGAAUGAGUUCGGCGCGCAGGUGGUGCUGAGCUGCAGCCCCGGCCACUACCUGGAGGGCGCCCGGCUGCUGCGGUGCCAGGCCGACGGGACGUGGAGCGCGGGCGAGCAGCGGCCCAGGUGCAGAGUAAUCUCAUGCGGAAGCCUGUCCUUCCCCCCCAACGGCAACAAGAUCGGGACGCUGACCGUGUACGGGGCCACGGCCAUAUUCACGUGCAACACGGGAUACACGCUGGUGGGGUCCCACGUGAGAGAGUGCCUGGCGAGUGGGCUGUGGAGCGGCGCCGAGACGCGGUGCCUGGCCGGCCACUGCGGCUCCCCGGACCCCAUCGUGAACGGCCACAUCAGCGGCGACGGCUUCAGCUACAGGGACACCGUGGUGUACCAGUGCCACGCCGGCUUCCGGCUGGUGGGCACCUCCGUGCGGAUAUGCCUGCAGGACCACAAGUGGUCGGGACAGACCCCGGUGUGUGUGGCCAUCACCUGCGGGCACCCUGGGAACCCCGCCCACGGGCUCACCAAUGGCAGCCAGUUCAACCUGAAUGACGUGGUGAACUUCACCUGCAACACCGGCUACGUGCUGCAGGGGGCGCCGCAGGCCCAGUGUCGGAGCAACGGCCAGUGGAGCAGCCCCCUGCCCACCUGUCGAGUGGUCAACUGCUCGGACCCUGGCUCCGUGGACAACGCCGUCCGCCAGAGCGUCCCCGAGAGCCUCGUCUAUGGGCGGACUGUCGUCUACCACUGCAAGAAGGGCUUUUACCUGCUGGGCUCGUCCGCCUUGACCUGCACGGCCAGUGGCUUGUGGGACCGCUCCCUCCCCAAGUGCUUGGCCAUAUCCUGUGGGCACCCGGGCGUGCCCGCCAACGCCAUCCUCACGGGGGACGUGUUCACGUUCGGGGCCACGGUCCACUACUCCUGCCAAGGGGCCCGCAGCCUGGUGGGCGACCACAGCCGCGUGUGCCAGGAGGACGGCCACUGGAGCGGGGCCCUGCCCCACUGCACAGGAAACCACCCUGGAUUCUGUGGCGACCCGGGCACCCCCGCCCACGGGUCCCGGCUGGGCGACGAGUUCAAGGCCAAGAGCCUGCUGCGCUUCUCCUGCGAGGUGGGCUACCUGCUGCGCGGCUCCCCCGAGCGCACCUGCCUGCUCAACGGCUCGUGGUCCGGGCAGCAGCCGGCGUGUGAAGCUGUGUCCUGUGGGAACCCUGGCACGCCCACCAACGGCAUGAUCGUCAGCAGCGACGGCAUCCUGUUCUCCAGCUCCGUGGUCUAUGCCUGCUGGGAGGGCUACCGGACCUCGGGGCUGACCACCCGGCACUGCACCGCCAACGGGACCUGGACCGGCACCGCUCCCGACUGCACAAUCAUCAGCUGUGGAGAUCCGGGCACACCAGCCAACGGCAUCCAGUUCGGCACCGACUUCACCUUCAACAAGACCGUGAGCUACCAGUGCAGCCCCGGCCACGUCCUGGAGCCGGCCUCGGGGGCCACCCUCCGCUGCCUGGGGGACGGCGCCUGGAGCCACGGCAGACCUGUCUGCAGAGCCGUCCUGUGCAGCCCGCCGCCCCCCGUCCUGCAUGGAGAAGUGGAGGGCACCGACUUCCGCUGGGGCGCCAGCAUCAGCUACAGCUGCGCGGCCGGCUACCAGCUGUCGCACCCCGCCAUCCUGUCCUGCGAGGGCCCGGGUGUGUGGAAGGGGGAGACACCCCAGUGCCUGCCUGUGUUCUGUGGAGACCCGGGCACCCCCGCGGAGGGCCAGCUCAGCGGCAAGAGCUUCACCUACAAGUCUGAGGUCUCCUUCCAGUGCCGGCCGCCCUUCGUCCUGGUGGGCUCUCCCCGGAGGACCUGCCAGGCUGACGGCGCAUGGAGCGGCGUGCAGCCCGCCUGCAUCGAUCCUGCUCACAACACCUGCCCAGACCCGGGGACCCCACACUUUGGAAUACAAAACAGCUCCAGGGGCUACGAGGUGGGCAGCAGCGUGUUCUUCAGGUGCAGGAAGGGCUACCACGUGCAGGGCUCCACCACGCGCACCUGCCUCGCCAACCUCACGUGGAGCGGGAUCCAGACCGAGUGCAUCCCUCACGCCUGCCGCCAGCCCGAGACGCCGGCCCACGCGGACGUGCGGGCCAUCGAGCUCCCCGCCUUCGGCUACACGCUGGUCUACACCUGCCACCCGGGCUUCUUCCUGGCUGGCGGCUCUGAGCACAGGACGUGCAAGGCCGAUCUCAAGUGGACCGGGAAGUCGCCCGUCUGUAAAAGUAAAGGAGUGAGAGGAGUUAAUGACACAGUUACUAAAACGCCAGUUCCUUCCGACGUGUUCUUCGUGGGCUCCGUGUGGAAGGGGCACUACGAGUACCUGGGGAAGCGGCAGCCGGCCACGCUGACGGUGGACAGCUUCAACGCCACCCGCAGCCGGGUGAACGCCACCUUCGCCGCAGCCUCGCAGGUGGAGCUGAAGCUGACAGCUCCUUCCGAGGCCUUUGGCAGCCACUCGGAACGUCCUAGCAAUGCCGCUGCCAGAGGAGCAGGGAUGCUCCGUAGCUUCUCUGAAGUUACCAGCUGUGCUCUGACUCACCGCCUGACGGGCACGCAGCCUCGCCUGCUGCUCAUCAGCCCUCGGUUGGCAGGAAGCGAGUGUCAGGCCCCGGGGCUCUGUGGGAACCAGGUCUCCUCGGGGCUCGAGAGAGGAGGGUUCACCUUCCAAGGGGACGUCCGUGGGGAAGACUUCGGGAAAUUCAAGCUCGAGAGGCAAGAUGCCCUGAGCUCCGACCAGGACGCUGCUCACCGCCACCUGGGCACCAGCAGCGGCUCCGUCGCAGCCGCCAUCCUGGUCCCGUUCUUCGCUCUCAUCUUGUCAGGGUUUGCGUUUUACCUCUACAAACACAG